CAUUACCACUCCCGGUCCCUUUGAUAAGGUUAGAUUUAUUUUUUUUUACAGAAAGAAAAAGAUCACUAGUGUGUUGUGCUACAAGUAAAAAUAAAUAAUUGUACUCUGCAUAUAAAAGAAUUACUAAGCUUUUUUGUAUUUAAACCGUGACUAUGGCUGAAAAAGCAGGAGACUGGUGCCUAAUUGAAAGUGAUCCUGGUGUUUUUUCCGAAUUAAUAAGAGAGUUUGGUUGCCAGGGAGUGCAGGUUGAAGAAUUAUGGAGUCUUGAAAGCCAGUGCUUUAAAUAUUUAGAACCAAUUCAUGGCCUAAUUUUUUUAUUCAAAUGGACGAAAGAUACCUGCCAGCCCAGUGGUUCCAUUGUUCAAGACAGCCGCCUGGACAAAAUAUUCUUUGCUAAGCAAGUAAUUGAAAAUGCAUGUGCAACCCAAGCCAUUCUUAGUGUUUUACUAAACUGCCGUCAUCCAGACGUAAAAUUAGGGCCCACUUUAUCAGAACUAAAGGACUUUUGUCAAGGGUUCGAUGCGAACAUGAAAGGACUGACAAUCAGCAAUUCUCAAGUAAUCAGUUCAGUGCACAAUUCUUUUGCCAGGCAACAAGUUUUUGAGUUUGACCCUCAGUACAAUAAAAAGGAAGAAGACGCCUUUCAUUUUAUUAGUUAUGUGCCCAUUGAUGGUCGACUGUAUGAGUUAGAUGGCUUAAAGGAAGGACCAAUCGAUUUAGGUGUUAUUCCUGCAGAUACUGAUUGGAUGACAGUUGUCAAACCGAUUAUUGGAAAGCGAAUGCAAAGGUAUACGGAAGGUGAAAUUCACUUCAAUCUUAUGGCCGUAUGUAGCGAUCAAAAAAUGCUUUACGAAAGACGUAUGGAGGAGCUGCAGAAGAAAAUGGAAACUGCUGGAGCCGCAGAAAUUCCAUCUCUACAAAAUCGACUGACCACCAUGAAACUUCUUAUUGAAGAGGAGGAAAACAAACGACGCCAGUACAAAAUUGAAAAUAUCAGACGAAAACACAACUACAUCCCUUUGAUUGUUGAAAUUUUGAAAUUGUUGGCAAAAGAGGGUAAAUUAAUGCCUUUGUAUGAGGAAGCAAAAGAGAGGGCGUUAAAAAAACAGAAAGUUAAUGCAUAAUUUACAUGCAUAUAUUAUUGUAGAUUCGUAUUUUGCUGAUUUCUUUUUUUUUGUUAAUUGUAAUUAUUUAAGAUUUAAAUAUAUAGUGUGGUUUAAUUAUGGUUCUACAAGUAAAAAAAAAACAAUAAAAGUAUUUUAUAAAUCAA